UUGUGAGCCGAUAUGUACUGGUCACUUCGUGGCUAUGUCCCAGCUCACCUGAGCCAAUCGCUACCAGAGUGGGAGGGAGAAGAGAGGAUAAGCAGGAGAAACAGGCUAGGCUGUAUGCCUGCACCUGCCCUCACUGCUAUUCUUGCUGUGCUGGUCCGGCACCUGUGGCCAUAGCAGCUUUCUUCACCGGUUAAUUGCAGAGCUCGAUAUGUUGGGGGGUGGGGGGGGGGGGGGUUUGCUGGCACUCGAGCUGCAUACAAAUAGAGCUCGAUCUGGAAGGUCCUUGCUCCUGGGGGCGGCCAGAGUUGCUGCUGCUGCGUUGCUCCAUUGCAGGUGUAGUCGGGAAGGAAUGAAGGAGGCGGCAUCCAGUAAGGAAUCUAUAGAUUAGGGUUUGAGGGGAGAGGGGAGGGGCUUGCUUUAUCGGCUUUUGGGUGGAUUGGGCUCUACUGAGUGGGAUGGCUGCUCGGAGUUAUUGUGGCCCAUUAGUGCUUAUUAUUACCAAAGCUAUGGACUUCUCUACUAUUCAAAAUAAAAUGGAAGGGAAGGAUGUUACUACUUACAAAAAUGUUCGAGAAAUAUAUGCAGAUGUUAGAUUAAUUUUUGCAAACGCAAUGAAGUACAAUGAUGAUGAGAAUAUUGUCCACUUGCUCGCUAAAUCAUUGCUUGAGAAAUUUGAAGAGAAGUGGCGGCAAUUUCUUCCUAAAGUUGAGAGUGAGGAAAAAAGACAAAAGGAAGAGGAAUCAAAGGGUGUUCUAGCCUCCAAUACUUCUCGAGAAGCAGCAAUUGCAAAGUUAGCAAAAGAUACUGAUGAUGAGCUGAAUCAGAUCAAUAAACAGCUGGAGGAACUCCGGAAAAUGUUGGUCCACAGAUGCAGGAAAAUGACCACAGAUGAGAAGAGGAAACUGGGUGCAGGUCUCUGCCACUUGUCUCCAGACGAUCUUAACAAGGCACUAGAAAUUGUUGCACAAGAAGUGGAUCUCGACAUGGAUGCUCAGAGCGAGACAACACUAUGGAGGCUGAAAUUCUUUGUGCGGGAAGCGCUGGAACGACAGGCCAACGUUGCCUCUGGGAAGAUGGACGAGAACGCCAAGAGGAAGAGAGAGAUAUGCAAUGCCCUGGCCAAAACUGCUUCAAAACGAAUCAAGAAGCAGCCCUAGCAGUCCAGACCUUUCUUUGACUGCCACUGAUUGUUCAGAAUGUUUUUGAAGUAGGAGUAGCCUUGGUGAAACAAUUUUUGCCCUUUCGUGUGCAGUCGUCGUGUACAUAGUAUGCAUUGGUCUGUAACUCGUGAGUGUUUCGAAAUUGCAAAAUGUCUGGUGAUUGCUUCC